UCUGUUUAUCAGUUUAGUUUUGUGCUUAAACAUAUAUCGUCUUUACAUUCUCUUUUUCAGGCAGCUGGUCUCCCAUGGACGCUUGCUAAAGGACAAGAUACCUUCACUCCUAUCAGCUCUGUUCUGCCAAAGGCGAUGGUGCAUGAUCCUGACAAUCUAGAACUUUGGCUUAAGGUUGAUGGUGAAACAAGACAGAAGGGUGUGACAAAAGAUAUGAUCUUUAAGGUCCCGUACCUCAUCAGCUACAUAAGUUCUAUAAUGACCCUUUACGAAGGAGAUGUCAUCUUGACAGGCACACCAGAAGGUGUUGGACCUGUAAAGAUAGGUCAGAAGAUAACGGCCGGGAUCACUGGUUUAUCUGAAGUUCAAUUCGAUGUGGAAAGGCGUGUGAAGCCCUUGAGCUCGUAGGUUAUAAUUUCUUUUCAUACAAAAUGUCAAUCUUACAAAAUCAUCUCUUAUUUUAAUCAAUUACAGUGUUUUCCUUACACUUGAGAAGGGAGAAUGUAACGUUUUAGUAAAACUUGUACCUCUUUCAUUUGUAAUUUCUAAUAACAGUGGCUUUAUGAGCGGUUUAGAUUGUUUGUAUGUUGAACCAUUUGGAAAGUUGUGAUAUUUAUCAUUGGAAUCGGCGAGAUUUGAUG